CAAUAAUACUAGGCUCCUUGAAUUGAAUGUUUUACCAUAGGAAUAUUAUCUGGUACAUGAGUCACUUUUCUAUAAGGAAAAGCAAUGCCAUAGUAAAUGUGUCAAGUUUUAUAUGGUGCUUUUCAGUUUGUAGAUUAGUAUGGAUUUAUUUAUUUAUUUAUUUCGCUUUAGUAUAAACUGAAACUGCAUUUUCUUUCAUAAAAAGCCACCCAAGUCUUGAAUCCAUGACCUCACUCUCCACCCUCUUCUUGUGGGAGAAGAAAUUUUCAUUUGAGCUAGUGCUCAUUGACAGAAAACUAAAUAACUGGAUUGAUGAAUUAAGUUCAUUCAAAUUAGGUUCUUAAGGGCAAAAAUUGUCUUGGCAAUCACCUAUAGCUAAAUGGCUCUUCCUCUUCCCAUGAUAAUGGGAUAGAGGGUGAGGUCAUGGCCUCGUGGUCACUUGUGUGUGUAACUCACCAAAAUGACCAUACCAUUUGUGACCUCUGCUUCAAGGGGAGAUUCAAACUAGUGACCUUUGCUUUAUGAGGUGUGGGGUUCCCAGGAAAUUGUGUGCAUUAGGGUAAAAUGACCAUACCGUUUGUCUUCUAAAGGCUGUCCAGCAAGUUACUCUUCCAUGUUAAAUAAAUUCAUCCUCCUCACCUCCUUAAAGAAACCCAUUUGCAACCUGAAUCUCAUAGGCGAGGAAGGGAAAGGGGAAAGAGAAUCAUGAAAUGAGAUGAGGUACACAAUUUUGCAAAGGCAAGGGUGAUCGCAAGUUGAUUGGGAUCAGUAUGAUGGCCAGCCUGUCACUCAACCAUGUUGAUUAGGGAAGAAAGAAACCCAUUGCCAACCAACGCAAAUCUACUUGCCAAACGUCUGGCCUGAUUGGGUGAUUCCAUCAUUUGGGUGGAGACUGAUGUCAAGGCCAGCAAUCCGAGCCAAUCUAUGCAAGAUCUAAUGAAGAUGGAUUUGAUCUUCGUCAGAUCUAAUGGAUAUGAAGAAGAGAGGUCGACAACUAGCAAGGGGUGAUGCUGGUGAGGUUGAGGUUUAGGAGGGACAAUGACAGGCAAGUUUAAGUAUAGGAUAAUGGGUCGGAAAGCUGGUUCGCUUUAUAUCAACCCAAAGAAAUUUAGCUCUCUUCACAAACCUUGCAUGAAGGAAAUGAUUACAUUUCUCAACUGCUUGGCUGUCAACAACAACAGUAAUGAUAAGUGUGUCCGGCAUAAGGAACUUUUGAGUGCCUGUAUGGACUCUCAGGCAACCAAUAAAAGAAAGUCUUGGGGAAGCAUUAAUUACCACCUGCAGAGGCUUAGCAGAGGAAGAAAGUAGUUGGGUUUAUAGAGAAAGAAUGUUUUAUUAUUGUCUCAUUCUUCAAGUUCAGUAGCAGAGCCUUAGCAUGAAAACCAUUUUGGUUGUUGGACCAGAAAAAGUUUUGAAAUCAUUUCCCAAUUUGAAUUGAAUGCAUCCACUGAAAACAUCUAUUUUGGUUUAUAUUAAUCCUUGUUGCAGUAAAGAGUUUUACAGUGCAACUCUACGUUCGGUAGAAUGAAAUUAGACAAGAUAGACAUCAGAGUUAUUUCUUUACCAAGCUACUCAAAGCUUCAACAUGUUGCUCAUUGAUAAGUGAUAACCUGUUUUAUCUGCUCACAA